AUGAGGAUAAUCACUCAGAGCUUCUGGGCCGCGUCCUUCUUUCUUGCUCAGGCUGGAGCCAGCGGUCAGAAUGGACGCCGCCACUGGGGAAAGAGACAGGUCUCAGGUGCUGCACCUGCGGUGACGACUCCCAAGUUUGAAGGACUUGAACUCUCAUACGUGACAGAGUUUGAGACCACGACCGAGAAAGUGACGGAAACGCAGAUGACGGAGGUCACUGUAGCCGCUGAUGCGACUACCAUCACUCAGAUCGUCACGCAGGCUGCUGAAGCGCCCGCAGCUGUCACAAUCACCGAGACGGUCGUUCAGCCCCUCACAGUGACGGAGGUGGUCACGGUAGCUGGCGAGGCUCCGGCUGCAAUCACGGUCACCGAGACCGUCGCCGGGGCGUGUGAAACUCCGGCCAAUCCCGUUCUCAGCGGAACAGAGAGCGUCGCCUUUCAAAACGGCGUCGGUGUCUCUACGGUUCCCAUUGCUCAGAGUGCCCUGCCAACUACCACCUUCGACCAGGACCCUUUUGCGGCCAACCCAGCAUCCACAUCGGUGGCGGCUAUUUCUAGUGUCCCGGCUGACACAGACAACGCCGUCAGCUCUGUCGCUGCUCCCACUACUGCCGCCACCUCUUCUGCUGCUGCCUCUUCCGCCGCUGCCUCUUCCACCGUUGCCUCUUCUGUCGCUGCCUCCUCUGCUGAUGCCUCUUCAUCUGCUGUUGCCUCCUCCUCUGUCGCUGCCUCUUCAUCCGCUGCUACCUCUUCGGCUGACGCUGCCUCAUCUGCUGCUGCCUCUUCAUCUGUCGCGACCACCACGUCAACCAAGUCGAUGAAUACCCAGGUCACAAUGACACAGACUAGUGCCUCUCAGGGAGAUCCCACCGAUCUUGUUGCCUCCGUGGACCUGGGUGGUCUUCGACCUAACCCUUCGGCGGAACUCGGAUCAGUUGUCGCGGCCCCGCCCUCCACGGAAGAAGCAGAGGCGUCGUCGGUCAGGACCCGAGCCAAAAUCAACGUAUCUACUUUGAGCCUCAGCAGUGUCCUGAACCUGGGAAAGCUGCAGCCACUUACGGCAGGCAUCGAAGCCCGGGCAACUCAGGCCAUGUAA